AUGGAUUUAGUCGCAGCCGAUAAGAUUUCUGAUACUACAAAUGCUGUUAAUUCCAAUAUUUCGGCUACUAUUAGUAGUAUUGACAUCAGUGACCUUUCACGGUUAUUCAUUCCUACUGUCUCGGCAUCCCAUGAGUUCAUACUUAGCAAUAUCAGAGAUAGCAAUAAUAGUACAGUGGGAAAUGAACAUCAAUAUGAUAACGAAUCACCAAAAUGGUGCACAAUAUUGUCUGUUGAUUGUGAAUGCCAUUUGUCGUAUCAGUUUUAUGCAUAUGAGGAAAGGCUGCUGCUUGGCCUCAUCACUCUACCAAUUAUCAUGUUUGGCCUUUGCGCAAACAUUACCUCCAUCCGUAUAUUCACCCAUCGUUUCAUGUUUUCCUCAUCCAUUAAUUGGUACCUCGCAAUUCUGUCUAGUUCUGAUACACUUAUUCUAUUUUCUGCAUUCUUUGUUCUGUCGUUACCCAGACUGGGUGAAUAUGCGAAGACAUGGUCGGCUACCAGAUUCAGUUAUUGGGUUGCACCUUAUAUGUAUGGCCUGAUGACUCUCGCUCAAACAAUAAGUGUAUGGAUGACAACAGGUAUGUCUGUCCAUCGUUAUAUUGGCGUAUGUUUACCAUUUAAAACAUCAACGCUCCUGAAAACGGCUCGAGUUCGGAUAUUUAUCCUAUCACUACUCGGAUUUUCUCUUCUCUUCAAUAUUACUCGAUUCUUUGAGGUGCGUGUUGUCAAUAACUGCUUUCGAUCAAAUAUAAAUGCCUUCAUUCCGGUGUUAGUCCCAUCAAAUCUACGACUUAAUCAAACUUAUCGCCUUAUAUUUUUUGGUUGGGCCUAUACCAUAUUGAUGUUUGUGCUGCCAUUUACAUUAUUAAUUAUUUUAAAUUCUCAGGUACUACUAGCUAUUCGACGAUCAAAUCGACUACAUAGGAGACAAAGUAUGGUACCCGAUGAAUCGCUAAAACAAGCGGAACGAAAAGAACGCCAAAUAUCAAUAAUGCUUAUUGCAAUUGUACUUGUUUUCCUCUCCUGCAAUACGUUAGCAUUUGUAGUCAAUAUUCUUGAAAAUGUUGGCUAUGACAAUGCUCUCUACGUUUCGCUUGUCACUUACAACAAUUUCUUGGUAAUGGUGAAUGCAUCAUGCAACAUAACAAUAUAUAUGUUAUUUUCGGAUAAAUAUCGUCUGUUAUUACGACAUUAUAUGACAUGUCAUUGGUCAAGGGAUGGUGAAUUACUUCUAACAACAAAUACUGCAUAA